GGCGUGGCUUAAAUGACAGCGAAGUUAUAUAAACUCCGUCUCGCGGCGCUUUGUACGUUCCACACAGUAGAACACUGUCAGGUCCGAGACCACACCGACAGCAGAGGGGUCGCACAACGGCAGUCAGACUGGAGCUUUAAACUCACAACAACGGGGUUUCCCGUUUAAAGCACUGCAGUCACCAGACAUCGGAUUAGCGAAGUGAGACUAAUCACUCCAGCUAAGCGAACCGUUGUUGCCGGCAGCCACUGAUCCGAUUGGGGGAAAAAAGUCACCGAAUCAGGAAGCAAGAUGGUGCAGAAUAAGAUCGCAGCCGUAACCGGAUUCCAUCGCUCUUUCAAGGGCCAAAAUCCUUUCGAAACGGACGAAUUUUCCAAAACCGGAUCCCACCUUCUUGAUCCCGCCUUCAAUUUCGAUUGCUCCACUCGCCCUGACAUGCCAUCCAGCAAGCCGAUCGACAUACCCGACGCCAAGAAGCGAAACAAGAAGAAAAAGAGGUGCCGGGCGACCGACAGCUUCUCGGGGCGGUUUGAGGAUGUCUAUAAGCUGCAGGAUGAAGUGUUGGGAGAGGGAGCUUAUGCAAAAGUGCAAACAUGCAUCAGCCAAAUCACUCAGAAGGAAUACGCUGUGAAGAUCAUAGAGAAGAGACCAGGACAUAGUCGAAGUCGUGUGUUCAGGGAGGUGGAGAUGCUGUAUCAGUGCCAGGGCCACAGAAACAUCCUGGAGCUUGUGGAGUUUUUUGAAGAGGAGGAUAAGUUUUACCUGGUGUUUGAGAAGCUGAGGGGAGGCUCUGUCUUGACCCACAUUCACAGAAGGAGACACUUCAGUGAGCAGGAAGCGAGCAUUGUGGUGCAGGACAUUGCAAGCGCUCUGGACUUUCUGCACAACAAAGGGAUGGCCCACAGAGACCUCAAGCCAGAAAACAUCUUAUGUGAACACGAAGACAGGAUUUCACCUGUGAAAAUUUGUGAUUUCGACCUGGGCAGUGGAAUCAAGCUGAACAGCGACAGCUCUCCCAUCUCUACUCCAGAGCUCCUCACACCGUGUGGUUCUGCUGAAUACAUGGCGCCCGAGGUGGUGGAGGCGUUCAACGAGGAAGCCACCAUCUACGAUAAACGCUGUGACCUGUGGAGCCUGGGCGUCAUCCUGUACAUCAUGCUAAGUGGCUAUCCUCCCUUCGUGGGCCGCUGUGGAAGCGACUGUGGCUGGGAGAACGGCGAGCCUUGUUACGCCUGCCAAAACACACUGUUUGAAAGUAUCCAGGAGGGCAAAUACGAAUUUCCCGAGAAAGAGUGGGCUCAUAUCUCCUGGAGUGCCAAAGACCUCAUCUCCAAACUGUUGGUCCGGGACGCAAAGAACCGGCUCAGCGCCGCUCAGGUUCUGCAGCACCCGUGGGUGCAAGGGGGUGCUCCUGAUUCUAUCCCAGCCUCCAUCCUGCUUCAGAGGAACAGCAGCGCCAAGGACUUGACGUUCUUCGCCGGACAGGCGAUGGCUGUGAACCGGCAGCUCGCGGAGCAGGACGACCUGGACGCGCAGCGACAGGAAGAGGCGUCUCCUCAGGUGGUGACGGCAGGCGCGUGCUCCAUGCGUCUCUCGCCACCAUCCAACUCUAAACUGGCCAAACGGAGGCAGAGGAGCAGCGCCAUGAAGGGGGCGCCGGUGUCCGCCGCUGAGCUCAGCCAGCUCCUCGCUCCGCUUGUCCUCAUCGGAGACUGCGCCUGAGAGACAUUUUGGUGCCGCUCACCCUGCUGGACAGUCGGCGAGGAAAAAAAAAAAAAGUGUUUAUUUUUUUGAAGUCUCUGCCACCCCCUCGUUCAGGUGUCCCUCUGUCUAUCCAUGCCUCUUCCUCAUUAAAGGAGUACCUCGUCUAAGAAAUUUGAUAGAAUUUCUGGGUGACGUAUUUCCUGUAUGCAAAAUGAGAACGUCUGAGGCUCGUCCCGAACCCGCUUGUGGCGUCGCUCCCUCCUUUAUUCAUCCUCAGGCUCCUCCAGCACUUCUGUCAGCACCCCGCGGCAGGGUUCGGGACCCAUAAGCAGAGGGAUACGCCAACCUUUUUUUUUUUUUUUUUAAUUUUAUUUAAAAGGCAGAACAUUUUGAAACCAGCCGCUCAAGACACCAAAGGACUAUGACACCCACAGAAACCCCCUCCCCUUUUCCUCAGCUGCUUCCACUUUUACAACUGGAUCCACUGUGAAUUUUUUUUUUUCUCAAUGAGAAGACUUUCAGGAAUGUUCUGCCUCCUGUACGUGUGUACGUGCCCAGAUGUCCCCAUCGUCAGUACUAAGAUUCUCACGCUUUAUGCAAUUCCUAAUGACUUCAUCACUCAAGCUGUCAGACUUCUGGGAGAUUUUUCUGUGCUGCCAGUGCCUCACCUCACCUCGCCUCCAUUAGUGUUUCAAAGCCAAUGAAUUCCUGUCAUCAGCAGACAAAACCCCAGACACUCAUACAGCAUUAAACUCAAUGUCUGUUAUUCAGGAUUGGCCUCUUCUACCAAAUUAAUGAAAGCACUUGAUGUUUUUUUUGGGGGGUGUUUAAAAUUUUUUUUUUUCCAAAAUCAGUGCCAGAGUUCUUGCAUAUAUUUGAACGCAUUUUCUCCAAAAGUGCACUUUGAGAACUCGGAUCGUACUCCUAUAUUUUGGGAGCCUACUUAAGUUCCUUUUUCUCCCCCAUUAACUUUUAAACCAUUAAAGCCAUUAACUUCUCAGACUUGUCUUCUGUUGAAGACGUGAGGGUUUAAUUGGCACGCAGGAAAUCUCCAAAAUCCAAAUUGACUACCCGAGAUGAUAAGUAGACUUGGGACUUUUGGGUGACGUGUAACCGCAUUUUUGUGUAAGGCGAUGAUUGAGAUCAGCACAACAAGGGGUCAGUCGUUAAGCGCACACUGGGAGGGAUGAUCACGUGGUAACGCAAGCACAGGUUAGUUUACGUGACUAAAUGAACUCCAGCUGGUCAUGGAAUAAGGCUUUGAAAAAACGUUCUCCUCAGUUUGGUACUGAUGCCACAGUCUGAUGGUACAGUGAUUUAUAAAAACCAUUGCCUCAUAGGCACUGCCAAAUAAGUUAAACAUUUACAACCCAUUAAGAGGGCGGGGGAGAGAUUUCUUUCAUAAAGUCAAAAAUUAAAAAAAAAAAAAUGGAAGCAUUCCAGGAAAAAAAAAUAAGUCAGAAAAACUUACAAAAAAAGGUCUUCCAAGGCAAUGUAGCUGUAUGAAUAAGUGUGAAAAGUUCUUUUUUUUUUUUUUAAACAAAAAGGUUUACUUGUUUGUUUUUUUUUUUGUUUGUGCGUAACUCCAUUUGAAUAUUGAAACUGUGCCACACUGUUGUUUUAAGCUUUUUAUCAUUAUUAUUAUUAUUAUUAUUAUUAUUAUUAUUAUUAUUUUUGUUAUUGUAUCUUCAUCUUCAAGCAGGUGCUGUUCAAAUGUUCAGGUGAAACACCAGAUUCCUCUCCCCCUGAACCUUUUUUUUUUUUUUUUUUUAAACCUCUUUUAAGUAUUCAUGUGAUGUAUUGCUGGUGCAGAAGUUGGGGUAUAUAACGUGUGAAAGAUUCUUUUUUUUUAAACAAAAUUGAAGUGAGAAAGAAGAGGCAAUAUUUUACUACUUUCAGUGUUUUCAUCAGGGGUGGACAAAUCAUAAAUUCAUUAGCAAGCCCAACCAGACACAUAAACCUAACUGACAAGGCUACAAAGUGUAACGUAGGGUAAUAACACAUGGCAAGCUAGCUAGCUAGUUAAGUCUAUUAAUACAGAUACAAAAGAGUAAAUGCUUGUGUAGAAGACGACUCGGCCAUUAUCCUUUUCUAAGAAAGCGUCUGUGCGGGGAAAAAAAAAAGCUACAAAGUCAUCGGACAGCGUUUCAGCUAUGAGCUGUGACAUUCUGUCCUCACAUCACAUCACACGUAAAAGAUAAUAUUCGAGUCUAGCUACCAUCUUUAUUUUGUUCUUGACAUGUUUAACAACAUGUACAAGCAGGGGAAAACGUCUCUUUUGUGAGCAUCAAGAGGACAUUUUUUUUGUUUCCCUAGAAGAAAAGGAAAAAAAUACACUGGCUAGUCUACUGAACCCUAAAAAAUAAAAAAAAUUUAAAAAAAAGGAAAAAACUUAAUAGCCCAGACACAAAAUCAUCUUGUCCUGGGUUAGAGAUUUGUCCGCCUCAUUUCUUGUUGGUAACAUUGUCUACUUCAGGUUAGUUUGCUUCAUACAUUUUUUUUUUUAUUUUUUAUUCCUCAUAACUUUGUGAGAUGGAACACAGGAUUGUGCUGGAGGGAUAUUGGGCAAAGGAAGUGCAUCUUUUGAGUCUAGAUGUAUGCGUCCACGUUGGUAGAUUAGUGGAACUUGUUUUAUGGGUUGUACUUGUUUUCAGGCAUUAAUAUCACCAAUGAGAAAGCAAAAAAAACCCCAUCCACGCACUCUAUAAUAAUCCUGUUGAAUGUUAAGCGAGCGCUGCUCGCUCGGCAGUGCAUUUUCUUUCAUAGGUUGCAAAACGACAAACAAACGGCACUCGAGCCUAUUAGUUGAGAAUAGGACACUGAUUGUAAUUUUUUUUAUAUAUAUUUCUACAUUUGCAUCUUUUGUGGAGGUUUUAUGUCUUAUAGUAAGACUUACUUGAAUUGUAUAUGCAGCGGUUUUCUCACAUUUUGCUCGGGAAACUACCUUUAUACCUGUACACAAAGCUGUUCAUGAGACAAGGCAAUCGUUUGGUUUGGAGAAUAAUUUCGACCACUCGUCGAAUCAGUAUUUAACUCGCCUGUAUGUAAUUCUCCUCGUCCUGUUUUUACUGCAAAGACACCGGACAUUGGUUUCGUUCUCAAACGUUCAAAAACGAAGCGUGGCUUGGAUUCGGAUGCCCGCAAGCAUCCGAGACGAGAUCCACCUUUUUUUUUUUAUUUUUUAUUUUCCUCCCAACCAGAAGUUAAGGACUGCCUUGUAUUAAAGAGUCGGGGAUGAGUUUAAUCCUCACUUUUCUUUACUUCCGUUUGUUUUGUUGUGAAAAAGGUUGGAGGAACAGCGUUAUUUCUAACAGCUGGACUUGUAGCAGUGGGAUGUUGGCGUUCAACCUUAUUUCCCCAAGUGAAUUUAUUAUUAUUAUAGGGGCUGAAAUGCUUUUAUUUUCCCAUCUGUUCAAUUGUUUCAUGUUAAUAUGACCUGAAGGUUGAAAAACUCUUGUGUAUUCAGCACUGUCUGAUUUCUGAUGUUCCCACCCACAACCCAAAUGACUCAUGGGAAGAAAAUCCCAAACUGCAGGGUUAUUUCCACCAAGCGGGAUUUCUCGGUUAGCCGAGCGAGUGCUGUUCAGUAGGACUGUCCCUGACCUCUCCUCUUCCCCUGUUGGUCAGGUUCGCUUAACUGAGAAAGCUCACUUCCUGAAAUGCCCCGCUGCCCGGGGUUUUUCCUCUCGGGACAAUGACAAACCGUAGAAGCACUUUACUGUACCACGUGGCUGAUUUCAGUUCACUCAAAGCAAGACAUAUGACUUGUUGUUGCAGGAUUUUGUAUUGUUUUCUAAUGAAAAGAAACAAUAAAACGCUUUGAACCACAAA